AUGAGCCUGACUGUCAUUGAGCUUUUUGGAAUGGAGACGGAUCUAGGACUGCACGGCCAGCAAUAUCAAUGGUUGACUACCAUGUAUGCCAGCCACCCCUGGAUCAUAACCCUAAACCUCCCGUGGACUGACAGCUCCGAGAUUCUACCUAACCGUUGGAAGGUCGGACUUUCUCUGUCCAUUUAUAUGACUGGAUGGGGUAUCUGUCUAAUCUGCAUCAGUGCCGUGCAAAACUGGUCUCAGCUCAUGGCCCUCCGCGCGCUUCAAGGCUUUUUUGAAAGCAACAUAUCUCCAGGGUUUUUGCUGGUGACUGGCAUGUGGUACCGUACGGAAGAGCACGCCAACCGCUCGCUCUUCUGGCAGUCGUCCGAAGGUUUCUUUUCCAUCGUCUGCAACCUCAUCCUGUACGGUAUUGCACGGCACGUAGAGGCUGUCGGUGGUAUUGCUGCCUGGCGCUGCAUUUCGCUUUUUCUGGGCUCACUGACUCUGUGUGGUGCUAUUGCUUGCUAUUUCAUCCUCGGCACGCCGCAUGAGGUUCGCUGGUUGACUGAAGACGAGAAAAUCAUGGCUACAGCACGUACCAUCGCAAACCACGUCGGCGAGGACACAGUAGGCAAGAAAUGGUCGUGGCCCCAAGUCUGGGAAGCGUUCAGAGACCCCCAACUGUACUUUUCCUUCGUCAACUCGUUCCUUGCCAACAUUCCAAACGGUGGCAUUACAACGUUCAGCUCUCUCAUGUACGAGACUUUCGGCUUUGACGAGUGGGAGUCCAUGCUUUAUGGGUGCCCUCGCAAUGCCGUUUACGUGGUGGUCUUCCUCGUGGUCGGCUUGUAUACGCAAAAAGUGAGGAACCAGCGCAUGUGGGUGAUGAUUGCGUCCUGUAUCAUUCCCUUCGCUGGCUUGCUGGUCAUGUCCCUGCUGCCCGACACGGCAGAAUACAAGUGGAUCAAAUGGGGAAUGUACAUGAUGACUGUGGUGUUUUCGCUGUCCAUCUUCCUCGGAUGGAGUCUCAUCCCUUCCAACGUGGCCGGCAAAACAAAAACGACCGUAGUCUCCUCCAUGACUCUUAUCGCAUACUGUGUGGGAAACAUGGGCGGCGCCCAGGUGUUCCAAACCAAGGACGCGCCACGCUAUGUUUCCGGAACGGUGGCAUGCUCCGUCUGCUUUGGACUGCAGGCCCUUGCAAUCCUGCUCUGGCGGUUCUGGUACAUGUACGAGAACAGGCGGCGGGACCGUUUGGCGGCAGAGUCUGGACUGUCGGAGGAGGAACGAGUACAGCAGGGUUGGGAACUGGCUCAGGAAGACAUGACUGACAUGCAGAACCCUAACUUCCGGUACUCCAUGUGA